AUGUCUGGCUUCUUUGUUCUCAUUAAGAUAACAGAGAUUGGAAUACAUAGACACUUUCCUUUAAUAGUUUGUGACCCUGAACUAAAUCCAGAACUUAACGUUCCCAGAAGUUCAAACACUUGCUGUUUAAUGUAUGUUGACCAUAUAACAUUACAAGACCUCAUAAAAUAUCAAGGUGUCAAAUGUGAAGUGUUGCAAGGAUACUAUUACGAUGGAAACAGAGAUAUUAGAAUAAGAGAUGAAGUAAAGAAGUUGUUUGAGUUAAGGUUAAAGUAUAAGAAAGAAGGAAAUCCUUUGCAAGAAAAUAUAAAGCUCAUUCUGAACAGUAUUUAUGGCAAAACUAUUCUAUCUCCUAUUGAGUCAAAAAUAACCAUAGUAAAUGACAAAGAUGCUAUAAGAUAUGCCAUCAGAAACUACAACCAUAUAGUGAAGUUCGAAGGUUUGGAUGGUUCAGAUAAAACUAUUUUCAAGCUAACGAAAAGCAUUUGCAGACACUUUAACUUCUGUCCACUUGGUGUUAACAUUCUGUCUAUGUCGAAGAGAAUAAUGUGUGAAGUAUUCUGUACUGCUGAGGACUUAGGAAUGGACAUCUUUUAUAGCGAUACGGAUAGUAUGCAUCUCUACAAUGAAGAUAUCCCUCGUUUAGCUGAAGAGUUUGAGAAACGUUAUGGAAGAGUUCUCAUUGGUAAAAACCUUGGUCAAUUUCAUAGCGACUUUGCAGAAAUCACAAAAGAUAAACAAAGUUUAGCAUACAAGUCAAUAUUUUGUGGAAAGAAGACUUACAUAGACUUACUCACGAAUGAUUUAAAUGAAGUUGCAUUUCACUGCAGAAUGAAAGGCGUGAAGCAAGAUGUUAUUGCUUUAACCGCUAAUGAAAUG